AUGUUUGGCAUGUUAAAGAACUCUCUCUUCGGAAACACCGAGGAGACGGAAUAUAAACUGCUGAGCAGCGAGACAAAGGACGGAGUCAGCUUUGAGGUGCGGCGAUACGAUGCAGGUAGAUACGCUGCUGUCUCCUCUGAGGGCCGAACAUUUGACCAAGUGACGGGAGAACUGAUAAGGAAGCUGCUCAUGUACAACGGUGGCAGCAAUGAACCAGAUGAGGCUAUGGGCACAGCAGCACCCAUCAUCAUCACGGUGUACCCACGCAAUGAUGGUUUGACUCGCCGCUUGGUUGUUGGAAUCCGCAUCCCCACCAUGUAUCAGCAAAGCCCACCUGUUCCCACUGACAGUGCCAUCAGGAUCGAAGAGCGGCCCGGCAUGACCGUCUACGCACUGCAGUUUGGUGGGUUUGCUGGGGAGAGCGAGUACCGAGCAGCGGCCUUGCGUUUGACACGCACCCUGGGUGAGACGGCUCCUUUUCAGCGCAAACAGUACUUCUGCUGCAGCUUUGACCCACUCAAGCCUUAUGGACGCCGUAAUGAGGUGUGGUUCCUCCAGGAGGAGCCAUAGGCUGAAUUAUUCCAGCAGGUCCAAUGAGUUCAACCUAAAAUGCCCUGAAACCACUGACAGUCUUGUAGUUCUAUCAGUAUUCGAUUAGUAAGAGCAAUGAGGAUGUAUAGAUGGGUCACAUUGCCUUUACUAGUGUAGUCUCAGCUUCUCUGGAUAGUCAGAAAACUUUCCAUCAGCUCUACUGAAGUAAUAACAGCUGGUCAUGAGUCUAUGAGCCACUUUCCGCAAACUUACAAUUUGUCUUUAUUGCAUGUGGAUGGUAGCAGAUGUUUGUCAGGAUUUGAUGUAAAAUUAUAUAAA